AUGAGCGGAGGGGUCUACGGUGGAGAUGAGGUUGGGGCGCUGGUUUUUGACAUCGGCUCCUUCUCUGUGCGGGCCGGCUAUGCAGGAGAAGACUGCCCUAAGGCAGAUUUCCCCACCACGGUGGGUUUUCUGUCCCACGACGAGUCGGCUAUGGAGCUGGACGGAGACAAGGAUAAGAAGGCCGGGAAGGUCUACUACAUCGACACCAAUUCCCUGCAUGUGCCACGGGAGAACACGGAGGUUGUCUCGCCCCUCAAGAACGGGAUGAUUGAAGACUGGGACUGCUUCCAAGCCAUCCUGGAUCACACCUACAACAAGCACAUCAAAUCGGACCCCAACCUGCACCCCGUGUUGAUGUCCGAGGCCCCGUGGAACACACGGGCCAAGCGGGAGAAGCUGACGGAGUUGAUGUUUGAGCAUUACAGCAUCCCGGCCUUCUUCCUCUGCAAGACAGCUGUGCUGACUGCUUUUGCCAACGGACGCAGCACCGGCCUGGUCUUGGACAGCGGGGCAACCCACACCACAGCCAUCCCAGUGCACGAUGGUUACAUUCUCCAGCAAGGAAUCGUGAAAUCCCCCCUGGCUGGCGACUUCAUCUCCAUGCAGUGUCGAGAACUUUUCCAGGAGAUGAACAUUGAGAUAAUCCCACCAUAUAUGAUCGCAGCCAAGGAGGCUGUGCGUGAAGGGGCCCCACCCAACUGGAAGAAGAAAGAGAAGUUGCCCCCCGUCAGCAAGUCCUGGCACAAUUACAUGUGCAACGAGGUCAUCCAGGAUUUCCAGGCCUCCGUCCUGCAAGUCUCCGAUUCCCCCUACGACGAACAGCUUCCACGUUUGGCUGGCUUUCGCUACCCCAAUGGGGGAGGCCUGUCUGGGAACACGAUGUUAGGGGUCGGCCACGUGGUCACGACCAGCAUCGGGAUGUGCGACAUUGACAUCCGGCCGGGUCUCUACGGCAGUGUCAUCGUCACCGGCGGAACCACUUUGCUGCAAGGUUUUACAGAUCGCCUCAACCGAGAACUGUCACAGAAAACGCCACCGAGCAUGCGGCUGAAGCUCAUCGCCAGCAACAGCACCAUGGAAAGGAGGUUCAGCCCUUGGAUUGGGGGGUCCAUCUUGGCUUCUCUAGGCACCUUCCAGCAAAUGUGGAUUUCCAAACAGGAGUAUGAAGAAGGGGGGAAGCAGUGCGUGGAGCGGAAGUGCCCCUGAACAGACACAUCAGCCUCCCGCCUCGUAUGGAUGCUGCUGCCCCCCCCUUCCCGCUAUACCCUUGGACACUGAUACCCUGGGACUCGAAGAGGACGACGCCCCCCCUCGAAACGUGGGCCUGGCCGUGCCCCCCAGCCUAGGCUCUGAAUCCUUUUGGCCCCAGUCGACUUCCAGAAAGUUUGGGUGUGCUGACUCCCCCCAUCCCCCCCACACACAUAUCCCUCCCCACUUCACAGCUUCCCGAAGGCAGCAGGUAGGAAAGUCUAAAGUGCGGAGCCUUGCGCAAGAGAUGGGAGGAGGGGACUGCGGCCUGAACUCGGCGGCCAGGGAAGGUGAUGGAGGGGGGGUGGGCUACAUCUCGCCUGCAGCCUGGAGGAACGGCCACCCUUCUUCCCUCCCACCUUCCUAGGACACCCCCAACCAACGCUCCCUCUAAG